AAUUAAAUCUCAUAGGACUUGAGAAUUUUUUAAAACAAAAUUGUUGUCAAUACACACGACAGACAGAAACAAUGACAGUCAAUAUAAUCAUCUAUGAUGACAUUAAUAGAUAACUAUUUAUAAUACUACCCACAGAACUUAUCUGCCAUUACCAUUUAUGAUUUUUUUUAUUUUUUCAGAGAAGUUUGCAACCUUUUUUUAAAGGUUCUCUGGACUUGUUUUCUAACAUACGUAUGUUUGAAAACAAGUGUCAAAUUUAAGUCACGUUAGUAUUUGGAUGGUUUAUAAUUAUGUUGAAUUUAGUUUUAUAUAAAGUUUACUAUGCGUAGGAUAAAUAUAUUUGUGCGUUGCAUAGGUUUAAUAGCUCGCAAAUUUAGAUAUCUCCAAGAAGUAUGGAUACUGCCAUGGUGGGGAAGCGGAGGAUUAGCCGCAGCCCCUCUGUGGGCCCUCGAUACGGUCGUGCUAGUUAUAAAGAUAUUUUCCACGUGUGCUAUGGCGGUGUUCAGGGUUUUCAUACCGCCGGCGAUGAAGAGUUUGUAUGGAGAAACAGUAUUGAUAACUGGUGCAGGCGCAGGUGUAGGGCGAGAGUUGGCCAUACAGUUCGCUGAGUUGGGCGCAACUGUUGUCUGCUGGGACAUCGACGCCAGACGAAACAACGCAGUCAUUAACGAAAUUAGGAAGAAAGAUGGAGAUUGCUUCGGCUACACAGUAGAUGUAACAGCGCGGGAGCAAGUAUUAUCAAUAGCGGCUCGCAUGCGUCAGCAGAUGGCUGACAUCUCGAUUGUGGUCAGCAACGCGGGCACCGUGACGUGCGCGCCGCUAGCUAACCUAAGACCGGACACAGUCGCUCGACUUGUUGAGGUCAACCUUCUAGCACAUUUUUGGGUUAUCCAAGCGUUUUUGCCAAACAUGAUAGAGAGGCGUCAAGGUCACAUAGUGGCAGUGAACUCGAGCGCUGGUUUGAUGCCAUGUGCGGACAUGGUGCCUUAUUGUGCAGCCAAAUUUGGACUAAGAGGUCUAAUGGACUCACUGAGUGAAGAGCUCCGUCUAGACACGUGGACAAAGAACAUUAACACAACAUCUGUCUACUUGGCGUCUAUCUCCACUGGUCUUUACCCGCCGCCCAGCCACCGAUUUGUCUCGUGGUACUCGGAGAUCACCGCGAAAGAGGCCGCGAGAUUAAUUAUUGAAGGUGUUCGCAAAAACAAGAAGUACGUCAUCAUACCCUCAUUUAUGAAAUCGCUUAUCGACCUUAACAACCUUAUGCCAUACAGAAUAAGGAUCAUAUUCGCGGAUUUCUUUAAUUUUGGACAUCGCGGCUGGUUCUGUUUCUGCUAAAUGAACACAAAUUGUUAUUGCAAGAUCAAAAUGAAGACUUUUUUAUUUGUUUUCUCAC